GCCCCGACGGUCACUUUUUGCAUUAUAAAUAGAACUGAGGGCACUGACCGAUGCCCCGGUGACUGCUGCCCGAUCGGCUUUGAGUUCCUCAGAUCGCUUUAGCUUCAAGAAGCCAGAAGGGAGGGACAACCACCCUCAGACCUUCGCAACUCCUCCAUGGAAGACGCCGUCGACGCCACCUCUGCCGUCGCCGCUCCUCUGGACGCCAAAGAAGACGACGAGCACGAUUCCAAGGAGAUGGUCCUCCUCCGGUACUUCCUUCAAGAAUGGGAGCUUAUCAAGUCCCUCCUCGACCGCAUCGUCUCCAAUGGCAGCGUCUCCGAUCCCUCCGAUGUUCACAAGAUCCGCUCAAUCAUGGACAAGUAUCAAGAACAAGGUCAGCUGCUGGAGCCUUACCUGGAGAGCAUCGUUUCUCCUCUGAUGAUCUUGGUGCGGUUAAAGACGAUGCAGCUCGGGGCCGCCUCCGAUGAACUUCUCGAGAUCAUCAAGCCGCUGUGCAUCAUCAUCUAUUCGCUAGUUACUGUAUGCGGAUACAAGAGCGUUAUCAAGUUCUUUCCUCAUCAGGUCUCGGAUCUUGAACCUGCAGUCGCACUUUUGGAAAAGUGCCACCAAACAAAAUCGGCGACGUCGCUGCGACAAGAAAGCACUGGAGAGAUGGAGACGAAGUGCGUCGUGCUCCUCUGGCUUUAUAUUCUUGUUUUGAUUCCUUUUGAUAUCACUUCAGUAGAUACCAGUAUUGCAAAUAGUAAUUAUCUGGCCGGAUCAGAGCCUUCACCACUGGUUACGAGGAUAUUGGAGAUUUGCAAGGAUUAUCUUUCAAGUGCUGGUCCUAUGCGUAGGAUUUCAGGAUUGUUGCUUGCAAGGCUCCUUACUCGUCCAGACAUGCCAAAGGCUUUUAACAGUUUUACUGAAUGGGCACAUGAAGUCCUGUUAUCUGUAACAGAUGAUGUCGUCGACCACUUUAGGUUACUUGGUGUGGUGGAAGCUCUAGCAUCAAUAUUCAAGGUUGGAAGUCGAAAAAUCCUGCUCAAUGUGGUUUCUACAACCUGGAAUGAUAGUUCCCUCCUGAUGAAGUCUACAACUGCAACUCGGAGUUCUUUACUUCGAAAAUUUUUGGUUAAAUUAUCACAACGUGUUGGUUUAACUUGUUUGCCUCAUCGUUCUCCAACAUGGCGCUAUCGGGGAAAAAGUAGCUCAUUAGGAGAAAAUCUUUUGCUAGAUGCUGCUGGAAGAAGUUCUUCAACCAACUGUGGUCAUCAUCCUGACAAUUGCAAUAAUACACAAAAUGCAAUUUGCCUAGAAGAAGAGGAUAUGGAUGUUCCAGAAAUUGUGGAGGAGAUAAUUGAGCUGUUACUUUCUGGUUUAAGAGAUUCGGAUACAGUUGUACGUUGGUCUGCAGCAAAAGGGAUCGGUCGAAUAACUGCACGUUUGACGUCUUCCCUUUCUGAAGAGGUGCUGUCUUCCAUAUUAGAGCUGUUUUCACCUGGAGAGGGGGAUGGUUCUUGGCAUGGAGGCUGCUUGGCUCUGGCAGAGCUGGCUCGCAGAGGCUUGCUACUACCUGUUAGUCUUCCUAAAGUAGUUCCUGUAAUAACUAAGGCCUUGCAUUAUGACAUACGAAGAGGUUCCCACAGCAUUGGGUCCCAUGUACGUGAUGCUGCUGCAUAUGUUUGCUGGGCAUUUGGUCGUGCAUACUCCAGCUCGGAUAUGAAGGGCAUUUUGGAGCAACUUGCUCCACAUCUUCUCAUAGUUGCUUGUUACGACCGAGAGGUUAAUUGUAGAAGAGCAGCUUCUGCAGCUUUUCAGGAGAAUGUUGGAAGACAAGGAACUUUUCCAUAUGGCAUUGACAUUGUGAAUACAGCUGAUUAUUUCUCUCUUGCCUCACGAGCAAGUUCUUAUCUUCGUGUCGCAGUUUGCAUUGCUCAGUACAAUGACUAUCUUUGUUCCUUUGUUGAAGAAUUACUGUGCAACAAAAUAACACACUGGGAUAAGAGCUUGAGAGAAUUGGCUGCAGAGGCUCUCUCUGCUCUUGCGAAAUACGAUCAUGAAUAUUUCGCAGGAUAUGUCCUUGAGAAAUUAAUUCCCAGCACUCUAUCAUUGGACCUGUGCACACGCCAUGGUGCAACAUUAGCAGUUGGAGAACUUGUCCUGACCUUGCAUCAGCUUGGGUUUGUUUUUCCUAGUGACAAACAAAAAACUUUAUCAGGAAUUGUUCCUGCUAUUGAAAAGGCACGCCUUUAUCGGGGAAAGGGAGGCGAAAUCAUGCGUUCUGCUGUUUCCAGAUUCAUUGAAUGUUUAUCUCUUUCUGGAGUAUCCCUACCUGAGAAGACAAAAAGAAGUUUACUUGAUACCCUAAAUGAGAAUCUGAGGCACCCUAAUGCUCAGAUACAGUGUGCUGCUGUUGAUGCAUUAAAGCAUUUUGUUCCAGCAUAUCUUGCUGCUUUGGGUGAUGAAGUUGCCAAUGAGCUUACCUUAAAGUACCUGAAACUCUUAGAUGAUCCAAAUGUGACUGCAAGAAGAGGUGCAGCAUUGGCUCUUGGUAUCUUGCCUCACGGAUUCUUGACUGUGAGAUGGAAAGCUGUAAUCACAGAACUCUGCAGCUCUUGUACAAUUGAGGAUAAGCCCGAUGAUCCUGAUGCUGAAGCACGUGUAAAUGCUGUCAGGGGAUUAGUUUCAGUUUGUGAAACAUUAACCAGUUUUUCUUCUGAUCUUAAGUUUGAAGAAGACCUUUCUCUUUAUUUGCUAAUCAAGAAUGAAGUGAUGCAGACAUUGUUCAAAGCACUUGAUGACUAUGCUGUAGACAACAGAGGUGAUGUAGGUUCUUGGGUGCGUGAAGCUGCAAUGGAUGCCCUCGAGAGAUGCACAUAUCUACUUUGCAAGAGAGAUUCUGUUGGCUCCAUGAAGGCAUUAGGUGUUGAGCAUCCACCUAAGAUGCAUGAUCAUGAUCUGGUUAGAGAUACUGCACACCCAUUGUUUGAUGCAAAACUUGCUACUGAUUUACUUGGAGGCAUUGCAAAGCAAGCUGUUGAAAAAAUAGAUAAAAUACGAGAUGUAGCUGCCAAGACUCUACAAAAGAUUCUAUACAACCAAAAUUGUUUUGUUCCAUGCAUACCUCAUAGAGAAGCGCUGGAAAAUAUUAUUCCCAGGGACACAGACCUUAAGUGGGGAGUGCCCUCUGUGUCUUAUCCGCGUUUAGUGCAGCUCCUUCGGAUCAGUUGCUAUAGCAGAUCUGUGCUUUCUGGGCUCGUGAUUUCUACGGGUGGAUUGCAAGAGUCAUUGCAGAGGACAUCAGUAACAGCUUUGCUAGAUUAUCUUCAAGCUUCUGAAGCUGAUACUGACACAAAUGAGGAGAAAAAAAACAGAGAGUAUAUUUUAAGUACUGAUUUUCUUUGGGUUCUCCAAAAAUAUCAGAAAUGUGACAGAGUUAUCACACCGACAUUGAAGACAAUCGAGAUUCUUUUUAGCAAAAAGAUCUUCUUGAACAUGGAGGUAACACAGGACAUGCUGUUCUUAUACAUGAUUCCAUUUGGCAUUUCAGUCUAUCAUGGUAAAGGACAAUUUUGAAGGUGGUCAUUGCUCUCGGGCUUGAAUUCCCCUUAAGUUUUACAUGGUGAGCAAGCCUUGUUGCAGACUAAGCCAAAUAAUUCAUAUAGAUGACUGACCAUACAAGGAGAUGAUCUUAGCAAAUGAUAGAACUACUGAGAGAGGAAAGUAGCUAAUGAUAUCAGAGUGGUAACUUUUGAACUUCUCAUGAAUGACUUUUUUGGCAUAAUAUUCAUUUCUAGUGUCUGAUGAAAGGGUAUUUGGUAACAGUUACAUUUUUGGGAGAAAUGGCUUCUUAAUCAAUACAGUUUUACUUGUAAAAUUUAGGGUCAGGUAUUUGGUAACAGUUACAUUUUUGGGAGAAAUGGCUUCUUAGUCAAUACAGUUUUACUUGUAAAAUUUAGGGUCAGGUAUAGAAAUGUUCAACCACUCAUCUUUUUGCCCAUCAGGCAUUUUCAUGCGCCAUUGGUUCUAGAUACCUGAUUGACUUAGCAGUUAGACCUUGUAUAAAUAUUGUUGCUGUUGAUGCUGCUGCUGCUGCUGCUGCUGCUGUUGUUCGAUAAAGGUAAAAAGGAGUCAUAACUUGAUUCUGGAGCUCAGACAAGAUCCUAUCGCUUUCUAAAAUUAUACGCAUUUCAUUGGACAAUUAUGGAAACGGACUUGGAUAGAAUAUAAAAGACUAGAAAGAUGAAUUUGUGGUAAAAUCAAGAAGGAAAUGAGUGCAUUAGAGAGCUAUAAAGUCAUGCCAAUUAAAGAUAUUGGUGAACCAAGGAGUUCUGAUGCAAAAUGAUGUGGUCACAUCACUGUAGCAGUUAUAUCAAAAUGAUGAGGUUUGUUUAUGUUGAGAGGUAACCCUAUGCAGCUGUUUAAUGUACUUUAUGUCAUUAUCUAGUCCCCCAGCAGAGUUGUUAAGAAUAUGAAAAAUGAACCAUUAAGUACUUGACCACAGGCACUGACUAGAUGAUAUGGGCACAUCACUGUAGUAGUUAUAUCAAAGUGAUGAGGUUUGUUUAUGUUGAGAGGUAACCCUAUGCAGCUGUUUAAUGUACUUUAUGUCAUUAUCUAGUCCCCAGCAGAGUUGUUAAGAAUAUGAAAAAUAAGCCAUUAAGUACUGGACCAUGGGCACUGACUAGAUGAUAUGGGCACAUCAUUGUAGUAGUUAUAUCAAAGGGAUGAGGUUUGUUUAUGUUGAGAGGUAACCCUAUGCAGCUGUUUAAUGUACUUUAUGUCAUUAUCUAGUCCCCAGCAGAGUUGUUAAGAAUAUGAAAAAUAAGCCAUUAAGUACUGGACCAUGGGCACUGACUAGAUGAUAUGGUCACAUCACUGUAGUAGUUAUAUCAAAGUGAUGAGGUUUGAUUAUGUUGUGAGGUAAACCUAUGCAGCUGUUUAAUAUACUUUAUGUGGAGAGGUAACCCCAGCAGAGUUGUUAAGGAUACGAAAAAUGAGCCAUUAAGUAGAAAGUCAAGUUUAGUAUUCAAAAACCAUCAUUGCUAAAGAGCCAUUAAUGUAGUAGUUCAUGAGUUCAGAAUCUUCAGAUUUUCAUUUAUUUCCUUUUAUAUAAUGCUAAAUGCUGUAUUUAAUGUCAAAAGUGGAAUAUAAGGAUGAAGAUGGGUUGAGUUACAUCGUUGAUGAUCUUUUGUCUCCCCAAGCCCCUUUAACCUUCUCAUCCCUUCUUUUUUAUUUUCUUUAUCCAUUCUUUUCUAACUUCAAUUCAAACUCAUCAUGCCUUCACUUUCUUAUUCUUCUCUUAUCCUCCAAAAUCAUAGUUCACUCUACUUAGGAGGGACUACCAGUUUUUCUUUUCCCUCAUGAAAAUUCUUCCCUUCGCAUCAUAUUGUUAUGAGAAUAAAGGUAUUUGAAGCUCCUAUGGGGAUUUUGAAAGGUCAUUUCUUCCCUUUUCUUGGGCAUGGAUGCCUAUGCCUUUUUGCCUUUUCAAUAUGCAUAUCACUAGAUCGAUCCUCAAAUGAGCUAGGUAACAACCUAGCAUGAACCAAAGAAUGUUGCCCUAAGCUUAUAGUGCAUCUUGCCUAGACACAGACAUCACAUUGAAUCUCCAGCUUGGGCCUAAAAUAGUAGGUUGGGGAGGUGAAGAUAGGGCAGCCAGGGCAUUUGUAGAGGUAAGGGAGGAGUGCCUAAGGAGGUGGAAGUAAGAGCAUGCACGCCCGCAUGCGUGCGCGUACACACACACGGAGAGAGAGAGAGAGAGGAACUAUUCUUGUUGUUCUUGCUUCAUGAUUCACAGCAGGGAGGUUGCAAUUGGAAGGGUUGUGGAGAGGUUGAGGGAUGAGGGGGAAGGAACCGGCAUAGAUUUAAUAUAGACAUUGGUGAUCAUGGCUUGAGUAAGGGAUCCAAAUUGUUGUGGCUAUAUCAAGAUAAGAGAUGAGGAAAAUGAGAGGUUAGGAUUGUCACACUAACGGGAACUUGAAGUUCCUCAAGUUGGGCUAGGCCGGAUGGGCAAGCGAGGUUGUCUCGGCUUAAGACCUGAUCAAGCUUCAGUGGUGGUCUAGCCCCAGCCUUACGGCUGUUUAUACAUGCCUGUCUGCUGAAUGACUGGGCUGGACCGAUUAGGUUUAGGUUUUGAUAGAACUUCUGUGGAAGGAUUUGAAAAAGCUGCUGUCUUAGACUAGGAUGUAGUGGUUAAUGAAGAUUCAUAAGGCUGACCCAGAUGGUAAAGAUUUGUAAGCUACGAACUGCCCUCCUUUCUUCAAAUUUUCACGAUUAAAUCUACAUUAUUUUAAUAUGUUUGGAGGUCACACAUAGGACAAUGGUGCAGCAUUUUCAUAAUAUUGUGGUCACACCAUAUUGUCUGGUAUGGUAAAUCUUUAAAUUAUUUACAUCACCGAACUUGUUGAAAGAACAUAGAAAAGAUGGAAACAAUAAAACUAACAGUGAAAUUUGUAGAACGCUAAGGUUUUAGUAGAGAGAGAGAGAGAUAUUUUGGGGGGGAUUGGGGGGAUCUACCUGCACUAAAUUACCUGGGAUUAGAUACUUGAGGAUGCACCAUCGAAGACAAAUCCAGAAAUUUUGGUUGCUAGGUAGAGAGGUAUGAUCACUGGGCCAAGCCGUCAUGGUCAUUCACUGUUAAGUGUUUCCCUUUGGUGUUCUGUUCAGUGGUUGCUUCAUUAGAAUCUAAUCUGCAUAAGCAUGCCUAGAUUUCUGGUGGCUUUGUUAUAUUUGAUCAUGGC